AUCGCGUGAGACUGGUUUCCGUCUCUGAACUCCGGCGCAAGGGCGUCCAAGCUUGUUAAAAGAAAAUAGAAAAAAAAAAAAAGAACCCGGAGGCGCCCCGAUCUUUUCCAGUUUCCAGUCCCACCAUUCAAAAUUUCACUUCAAAUUUUCUUCCACUUCAUGAGUUAGGGUGCACAAAUGAGCUUCAUUGUCUUUUCAGACUAUCUGUAAGAUGGGAACUCAAGGUCAAACAGGAUUAGUAGCACAAAAGAAGAUGCAUCCUCCUCAACCUGGAAGAUUUGAAGAUCGUGAAGAUCUCAUUAAAUAUGUUCGUGAUUUUGGUGCUGAUCAGGGAUAUGUGGUAACAAUUAAGAAGUCUAGGAAAGAUAGAAGGGUCAUCCUUGGUUGUGAUCGAGGAGGUGUGUAUCGUAAUAGGCGUAAGAUUGAUGAGAGUCCACGUAAAAGGAAAGCUAGCUCGCGCUUGAUAAAUUGUCCGUUUGAAGCAAUUGGCAAGAAGGAAGAUGAUGCCUGGAUGCUUACCAUUAAAAAUGGGGACCAUAACCAUGAGCCUUUAAAAAACAUGUCAGAGCAUCCUUACAGUCGCCGUUUUACUGAGGAUGAAGUAAAGCAAAUAAAACUGAUGACUGAAGCUGGUAUAAAACCACGUCAAGUGCUUAAAGCUCUCAAACAACACAAUCCAGAUCUGCAGUCAACACCAAGGCAUUUGUAUAACCUUAAAGCCAAAAUUCGCCAAGGAAAUCUAUCAGAAAAUAAUUUCAAGUCGUGGAGACCUAAUAUUUCAGUUCCUACAAAUGGUAGUCAUACUGUCAUUGGAGAUUCAGUCCAGCAAAAUCAUCAGCUGAAGGUUCCCAAUUUAGUUGGAGGGAAAUUUUUGGAUUCGCACAACUGUCCAGUGGUUGAUGUUAUUAAUCCAGCAACACAAGAAGUUGUUUCUCAUGUGCCUUUAACAACUUACGAAGAGUUUAAGGCUGCAGUUAAUGCAGCCAAACAAGCUUUUCCCUCAUGGAGAAAUACACCAAUUUCUACUCGUCAGUGUGUUAUGUUCAAGUUUCAGGAGCUCAUCCUUAGGGACAUGGAUAAGCUUGUGACGAAUAUUGUCGCAGAACAGGGAAAAACGUUAAGGGAUGCGCAAGAUGAUAUCAUCUGUGGUUUAGAGGUGGUUAAACAUGCUUGUGGAUUGGCUGCUAUGCAAAUGGGGGAGUUUGUCCCUAAUGCAUCUGAUGGAAUUGAUUCGUACUGCAUCCGAGAACCAAUAGGUGUGUGUGCUGGGAUAUGCUCUUUAAACCAUCCAGCAACAGUUUCCUUAUGGAUGUUUCCGAUUGCAGUUACAUGCGGCAAUACAUUUGUUCUUAAGCCAUGUGAAACACACCCGGGGGCUUCGAUGUUGCUAGCUGCAUUAGCGGUUGAGGCUGGCUUGCCUGAUGGUGUUCUAAAUAUUGUUCAUGGAACCCAUGAUAUCAUCGACUAUAUAUGUGACGAUGAGGACAUAAAAGCCAUAUCCUUUUCCAGUUCAAGUUCAGUUGGAAAGAACAUAUAUGCUAGGGCUGCUGUAACAGGAAAGCAAGUUCAGUCCCACUUUGGAGGAAAGAGUCAUGCAAUUAUUAUGCCUGAUGCUAACAUGGAGGCUACUUUAAGUGCUCUGGUUGAAGCUGGACGGACAUGUAUGGCUACUGUCAUCAUUGUCUCCGUUGGGAGUUCAAUUAUGUGGGAAGAAAAACUCGUGGAAUGUGCCAAAGCACUUAAAGUGAAUGUGGGGACGGAUCCCAAAGCUGACCUUGGUCCUGUGAUUACCAAAGAGGUGAAAAAUCGUUUUUGUAAAUUAGUUCAAAGUGGCAUUGAAGAUGGUGCUAGACUUUUGCUUGACGGUAGAGAUAUUGUGGUCCCAGAAUAUGAAAAUGGAAAUUUUGUUGGUCCAACCAUUUUAUCUGAUGUAACAACUGACAUGGAGUGCUACAAGGAAGAAUUUUUUGGACCAGUUCUCCUUUGUAUGCAGGCUGACAACCUAGAGGAGGCUAUAUCCAUAGUAAACAGAAACAAGAACCGAAAUGGAGCUUCCAUAUUCACAACUUCUGGCAUUUAUGCGAGGAAGUUUCAGAGUGAAGUGGAAGUGGGAAUGGUUGGUAUCAAUGUUGCUGUUACAGUUCCGUUGCCAUCUUCCUUUAAUGACAAGGCAGGACUGGAAUUUUACACCCAAUUGAAAAGAGUGGCUCAACAGUGGAAGAACUCACCAAGUAUUGGAGUCUCAAUGGCGGUGCCUUCACCAUCUAAGAGACAUUUGAGAUCCCGUGCUGUACCUUCCAUGUUGGUUUCAACAUCUGACAAAGAUUCACCUGGUAUGCGGCAAAGAAGUUUACCCCCGUUGCCUUCCACAUCUGAGAGGGAUUCACCUAGCGUCGCUGUAUUGCUGCCGAACUCUCAAAUAUCUCAGACAGGUUUAGCCAAUGAAAGGGCCACCUCCUCUCCACCGACUUCUGAUAGGGAUUUGCACGGUCAGGGACUCUCCCUGAUUUCUACCUUGUCCUCAGAGGGGGAUGUAUCCAACCAAGAUUUGUCUCCUGCCAUGCUUUCAGCAGGUGGUAGAGAUUUACCUGGUCAAGCUACCUCAGUGGCAACAUCCCGAUCAUCUGAGAGACUGUAUGUACCUCAGAAAUCUCAUUGGAACGGAACUCUGAGGGCUGAUUCUAUUCCAUCCAAUUCUGAGAGGAUCCAUGCGCCCUCAUCACACACAAACAGCAUCAAAGGGCAGGCAUCUCGAACAAGUCAUCCUGGUUCAGUAUUAGCUACAGAGGGGUUAUAUCUGCCAACAUCUCAUGGCAGUAUUUGUCUAAUUGACCAUGGAAAUGAUAAUACCAUUCCGUCUCGAAGAAUCGACAGCAUGUGUCGAUCAUCAGAACGGGUAUACAUGCUAGCAACUUCCCAUCUGAACGACACUAUGAGUCAAACGUUGCAGCAAACUGAUACCUCCUUGCUUCCUUCUCAUACUGACGUUGCUUUGCAAUCAACUUCAAAUAGAAUGUACUUGUCUAGCUUGUCUGAGAGGGAUGAUAAUAUGUCUUCCACUGCUUCUCAACAAGCUGAAUCUUUAACAUCCACUUCAGAGAGAAUGUAUAUACCUCCAUUAGUUCAUAGAAAUCAAGGUAUGGCACCGAAAUCGGAAUGGUUAUGCAUUCCCACGCCUGCUGUAUCUCAGAGAAUGUAUCCACAAGGCCCAGUAGUUCCCGCAGAUGAAUUUCAAAGCCAAGAAGCAUCAUUGACAUUGCCUGCAUCGCAAGGAAUGUAAGGGAUAUUAUUUUAUUAAUACGAACAUUAGCAUUUAGGAUAGCCAAAUUCCCAUAUUUUUUUCCUUGUCAAGACAUCAAAUUACUAAUCAUUUUUUUCCCUUUUAUCUCUAAGAGAAGUUCGUUCAGGGGCUAUUAACAUCAUUUCGUUCCUGUUUUUCUAGAACUGAGAGUUCAGCAGCAAUUGCUUCUUAGAGUAACUGUAUUUAUUUUCAAAGGGCGAUAUGGGUUUGAAGUUUUGAGCA